AUGGCAAAGGACGACAAGACUAUUGUGGAAGAGGUGGAUGGCGUUGAGCACGUGCGCAAGGAAGCACGACCAGACUUCUCCGUUCCUCCGCCGCGCAAGCAGCUGCCCAAGGGUAUCCAGGAUGUGUUGAACGACGAGGAGAAGAUGUGGGAGACCAUCUCAGACGGGAGAGCGGAGGACACAACCGACACAUCCAUCCGUUAUGCCGCCUACGCGACCCGCAUCCGUACUAUCAUGCUCUCUGCCCACCGCUAUGUCGCCUACACAUCAGACAUCGGCGAGUCCUUCAGGCCAAUUGCGCACCCCUACCUCGUCAAAGGUGCAUACGCAGUGUCAUGGCUAUACCUGACUGGUGAUGUUGCGCACGAAGGCUACAAAGCAUACAUCCGCAACCAGAAAGUCCUGCAUCCUGAGAACUACCUCGAGGCACCCGCGCAAAUCAAUGAACAAGAGAAGGAGAACAGAGACAUGGCAGCUACAGGAAGGGCGACGGGCGUCGUUGGUCAGGUGCAGCAGCUUGCACAGAAGGCGACAAGUACCGAGGGUAUCAAGCUCGGCGGACAGGGCAGCGUGCUGACCGGCGGCGAGGUCGUGGCAGGAAGGAUACCGGCUAUUGAGGACUACAGGGCUGUUAUGGCGCAAAGAGCUAUCUUCCAGGCUGUUGCGUCCAUGGGUCUGCCUGCAUUCACAAUCCACAGCAUCGUCAGGUACUCCGGGCGCGCGCUGAAAGACGCGAAGAACAAGACGUUGAGGACCUGGGGUCCCAUUGGCCUCGGUCUUGCAGCCGUGCCGUUCCUGCCCUACAUGUUCGAUGAGCCGGUCGAACACGCGACCGAAUGGCUCUUCUACAACGGCUUCAAGUUGGUCGGUGGUGACAAGGCGGUUGAAGGGCGCCCCGUCACUGGUGCCAAGGAGCUGAGGAAAGAGGAGAGCCAAGCCAGUAAAUUGAAGGAGCUAUAG